UAUUGUGAUGACUACCUGCUCUACAGUUCUAGCCCUGGGUAUGAUGCCACUGCUCCUCUACCUGUACUGCCAGGGCUUCUCCAACCUGGAGAGUGCUGUUCCCUAUGCUGGCAUCACUCUGGCCCUGGUCAUGGCUCUGUUCCCCUGCAGCAUCGGCAUCCUCAUCAACUACUACAGGCCGCAGUACUCCAAGACCAUUACUAAGGUAUGGCCGAUAAUGGUCAGCUUUUGGGUAGUCUCGUGUUGCCAUACCUCCAAAAUCACGUCGUUGUCACGCCUUCCUUGGAGGAGUUUUAGGGAAACUCCCUUCCCGUUUUAGGGAAGCCUGGUUCGCUUCGAGGCUACCUUUUGGGUAACAUCUUUUGGAGCAGUCCUCUACAGUUAGGUGUACAGUUAGAUUUACAAUCUUUUUGAAAAACACCAAUCUGGUAAGGGCCUCAGUGUAAAAGUUCAAAACAUUCAAAACAUACAGAUACAAUAUAAUAUAAAUAAUAAUAAUUUGCCAUUUAGCAGACGCUUUUAUCCAAAGUGACUUACAGUCAUGCGUGCAUACAUUUUUUUGUGUAUGGGGUGGUCCCGGGGAUCGAACCCACUACCUUGGCGUUACAAGCGCCGCGCUCUACCAGCUGAGCUACAGAUACAGGUUGUUUCAGACAGAUAAUAAUAUGCAGUACUUGGCUGAACGUCUUCCUGCUCCUCAGAUCGGUCUGUCCCUCCUGUUGAUAUCCAUGGUAGUGAUCGGCCUGUUGGCCAGCAUGACCAUAGGAAGAAUGGAUCUGAUGCUGACCGUCCUGUCCCCCCCACUCAUGGCCACUGCUGCCAUCAUGCCCCUCAUUGGCUACACCUUCGGAUACGUCCUUUCAUAUCUGUUCAGACUCAACGGAUCGUAAGUCACGGUGAUGAGGAUGAUGUUGAGGAUGAUGGUAACAUAUGAUAAUGAUGAAGAUUUAGAUGAGGAUGAUGCUGAUGAUGGUGAAGAUCAUGUUUAUAAUUAUGUUGAUAGAUUUCUUGUGAAGGUUUUCUAUAGUAAAAUAUACACUACCAGUCAAAAGAUUCUUCAAAUAGCCACCCUUUGCCUUGAUGACAGCUUUGCACACUCUUGACAUUCUCUCAACCAGCUUCCUGAGGUAGUCACCUGGAAUGCAUUUCAAUUAACAGGUGUUCCUUCUUAAUGCGUUUGAGCCAAUCAGUUGUGUUGUGACAAGGUAGGGGGGGUAUACAGAAGAUAGCACUAUUUGGUAAAAGACCAAGUCCAUAUUAUGGCAAGAACAGCUCAAAUAAGCAAAGAGAAACGACAGUCCAUCAUUACUUUAAGACAUGAAGGACAGUCCAUAUGGAAAAUGUAAAGAACUUUGAAAGUUUCUUCAAGUGCAGUCGCAAAAACCAUCAAGCGCUAUGAUGAAACUGGCUCUCAUGAGGACCGCCACAGGAAUGGAAGACCCAGAGUUACCUCUGCUGCAGAGGAUAAGUUCAUUAGAGUUACCAGCCUCAGAAAUUGCAGCCCAAAUAAAUGCUUCACAGAGUUCAAGUCACAGACACAUCUCAACAUCAACUGUUCAGAGGGGACUGUGUGAAUCAGGCCUUCAUGGUCGAAUUGCUGCAAAGAAACCACUACUAAAGGACACCAAUAAGAAGAAGAGACUUGCUUGGGCCAAGAAACACGAACAAUGGACAUUAGACUGGUGGAAAUGUGUCCUUUGGUCUGGAGUCCAAAUUUGAGAUUUUUGGUUCCAACUGCCGUGUCUUUGUGAGAUGCGGUGUGGGUGAACGGAUUAUCUCUGCAUGUGUAUUUCCCACUGUAAAGCAUGGAGGAGGAAGUGUUAUGUUGUGGGGAUGCUUUGCUGGUGACACUGUCUGUGAUUUAUUUAGAAUUAAAGGCACACUUAACCAGCCUGGCUACCACAGCAUUCUGCAGCGAUACACCAUCCCAUCUGGUUUGGGCUUAGUGGGAACUAUAAUUUGUUUUUCAACAGGACUAUGACCCAACACACCUCCAGGCUGUGUAAGGGCUAUUUGACCAAGAAGGAGAGUGAUGGAGUGCUGCAUCAGAUGACCUGGCCUCCACAAUCCCCCGACCUCAACCCAAUUGAGAUGGUUUGGGAUGAGUCGGACGGCAGGGUGAAGGAAAAGCAACCAACAAGUGCUCAGCAUAUGUGGGAACUCCUUCAAGACUGUUGGAAAAGCAUUCCAGGUGAAGCUGGUUGAGAGAAUGCCACGAGUGUGCAAAGCUGUCAUCAAGGCAAAGGGUGGCUAUUUGAAGAAUCUCAAAUCUCAAAUAUAUUAUAUGAUUUGUUUAACACUCUUUUGGUUACUACAUGAUUCUAUAUGUGUUAUUUCAUAGUUUUGAUGUCUUCAAUAUUAUUUUACAAUAUAGAAAACAGUAAAAAUAAAGAAAAACCUUUGAAUGAGUAGGUGUGUCCAAACUUUUGACUGGUACUGUAUAUCUUCCUUUUCCUUUUCCUCUAGUAAAAGUAUAUUCCAGCUCAGUACAUUUCUAAUGCUUGGAGGAAAGAAAUCUAUAUACUUCAGCUAGAAUUCCGUGUCAAUCAAUCAAUCCUUAUUUGGACUUCCUUCCUUCUUUCCUCAGGGGACAGAGGACCAUCGCCAUGGAGACGGGAUGUCAGAACAUCCAGCUGUGUUCCACCAUUCUGAAGGUGGCGUUCCCUCCCGAUGUGAUUGGUCCUCUCUACCUGUUCCCUAUAAUCUACAUAGUGUUGCAGGUGGGAGAGGCCUUCCUGCUCAUCGCCCUCUUCAGGGUUCACCAGAGGUUCUUUAAAACACCAAAGAAAGGUAGGCUCGACUGACCCUGUCCUUGAGUGAUAUACAGUUACAACAAGCACCUAGUCUGAGACCUGGACAUCAGGUCCCUUGGGGUGACAAAACUAAUGUUUGAACUGACAUAACUAAUGUAGGUUUUCGCCUCAACUAGGAGACUGGGCCCGUAUUCAUAAAGCGUCUCAGAGUAGGAGUACUGAUCUAGGAUCAGGUACCCCCUGUCCAUGUAAUCUUAUUAUUUAUUCUUUGUAAAAGGCUAAACUGAUCCUAGAUCAGUACUCCUACUCUGAGAUGCUUUAUGAAUACAGGGCCCUGUCUCCUAGUUGAGGCGAAAACCUACAUUAGUUAUGUCAGUUCAAUCUUAGCUGUCCAAGUUGCUGUCGUUUAGUCAGGCGAUAGCCUCUCUCCUCCCUUAGCCCUAACUGUCCUCCUCUCUUCCACAGAGAAGCAGGUGUAUGAGGCAGUGGAGCUAAAGGAGGAGGCCAGCCAGCCAGCCAGCCAGCCAGCCAGCCAGCCAGCCAGCCAGCCAGCCAGC